AUGGACAUAUCAUCAGCCAAAUGGUUCUCUGAAUUGGGAAUCGAUGAUUACAAUUUCAUUCCUCAAUGCGACUUGAACGCUCUUGAUGAAGGGUUUACUGCACAGGACAUUGCCACUGCACUUGGGGAGAAUUUCAAGCAAUCUUUAUCUUCUGAAAGUUAUUCAUCUUACCCAACUUUGACUACCCAAAACACCAAAACCACCACCACCACAUUAAGUGGUGGUUCAUCCAUCAAUAAGACUUCUCAGACCAGCUUUGAGAGGCCAGCUAAACAGCUCAAGACUAGUAACUGGAACUCUGGCAUCACAGAACAUGUUUCACCAAAACCCUCCUCUUCUUCCUCCCAGAUUCUUUCGUUCGAGAGCUCGAGUUCACCAUCUUCCAAGCCUCAGCACUUCUGUAAUAAUUUUGACUCUACCUUGAAGCCGAAGGAUGAGGCUCCAUCCCAAAUAAAUAUGCAGUUUUCACCUUUAAUUUCCAAGUCUUCCAUUAAAGACUGCAGCCAGGGGACUAAGAGGCCAUACUCAAUAACUAGAACACCUUCACACGCUCAAGAACACAUAAUGGCUGAGAGAAAGCGGAGAGAAAAGCUCAGCGAGAGAUUCAUAGCUCUUUCUGCCAUUGUUCCGGGCCUAAAGAAGAUGGACAAAGCUUCUGUUCUUGGAGAUGCUAUCAAGCAUGUGAAACAGCUUCAGGACAGGGUGAAAGUGCUUGAGGAACAAACCAAGAAGAGAACCGUGGAAUCCGUGGUGUUCGUGAAGAAGUCUCAACUCUCUGCUGAUGAUGGCACCUCUUCCUGCGAUGAAAGCUUUGAUGGCCACUCUGACGAAGCUUCACUCCCAGAAAUUGAAGCAAAAGUUUCAGAAACGGAUGUUUUGAUUCGAAUUCACUGUGAGAAACAGAAAGGCUUUGUGGUGAAAAUACUAAGCGAAGUUGAAAAGCUUCAACUGUCUGUGGUUAAUAGCAGCAUCUUGCCAUUUGGGAAUUCCGCUCUAGAUAUCACAAUUAUUGCUCAGAUGGAGGAUGAAUUCAAUAUGUCAGUGAAGGAUCUAGCAAGAAACUUGCGAGUGGCUCUGCUGAAGUUCAUGUGA